GUUAGAGUCCUAUUUCCUCGUCAACAGUGUUGCUUGGAAGAACUACGGCUGGCUAGUUGCUUAUCUUGUUUGCUGUCCUGUGUAUGUGACCUUAAUUGUCUCGAUAAUGUACAUUAAUUGAUUUUUAUUUAUCAAUCUUCUUUCGGUUCUAACUGGGUUGUCUGAUUACAUCAGAACAGUUUUGUCUGCGCUCAUACGCCAAGCUCCUCACAAGCACCAGGUCCAUCACCUAGACAGAAUUUUUAUGUGCAUUCAAUGUUUUAAACAGCCGAUGGAAUUCGUUACAUGUUUCAACAGUUAAUGCAGAUUGUAACCACAGAUUUGUAACAUGACUUUACAAGUAGGUUGCCUAUCCUUUAGACAGCCCUACGCAGGCUUUGUACUGGAUGGAGUGAAAACUAUUGAGACGCGUUGGCGACCUCUUUUGGCUGAGAUGAGGAACUGUACUCUGGCCAUUCACAUCGCGCAGAAAGACUGGGAAUGCGAUGAGUGGAGAAAUGUGCUUGCAGGGCCUUUGGGAAUGGACGGCAGACAGAUACAAGAACUUCUGGAUUCUGGAGAAAGAUUUGGCAGAGGAGUUGUUGCAGGUUUGGUGGAGGUUGGGUACACCUGGUGUUGUCCUGAAGAUCAAACAGAGGUUGAGCUGAAGGAACUUGAGAGGGCAGCACUUCUGACAGGACUGUCCCAGAAAUACCUCACACGUCUGUCCAAUCCCCGCUGGCUUCAGCAGCCACUCUAUGCUCGAGGACAUAAAGAUGUAUGGACUGUGGACAUCCCAGUGCAGUUACUCCCCUCCUCUUCUCUGCCAACAGCCCAUUAAAUGCAUUACAGUUAAACCAU